AGUCGUUUACUGGUGCUGCUAUGUCUGCACAAAAAGCUGCGAGGUUGCCGCUAUUGCCAGUGGCUGCACUUACUCUCCUUGCCGUUAUCUCGGCUCAACAGAACCAGGGAGUUCGUAUUGCCGACAACCCCUAUGGUAAUCACAUUGGUCGGGUUGAAGUCAAUUAUUAUGGACGCUGGGGCACCAUCUGUGGAAACGGCUGGAGCAGCACUGAUGCAAAUGUCAUCUGUGGGAUGCUGAACUACACAGGCUACAUCUGCGCUGUCAACUCUGCUACAAGCACAUUUGGAGAAGGAACAGGGAGUGUAUGGCUCAGUAACCUAGGCUGUAGGUACUACGACACAACUCUGGACCGGUGUCGGAACAGCAAUCCAUACAAUAUCAAUCCGUGUACACACAGCCGUGACGCUGCCCUCAUCUGCCAAGACCCAACUGUGAUGCCAGUACCCUAUGAAAUGACAGUACUGAGUGAAACAACAAGAAGUAUCACAGUGGGAUGGCAGCUGAAGUUUAUUCCACCGCUAAUACAAGCAAUCGACUUCAGGCUGAACGUAACGUCAGAAGACGCGACAUUUGCUAGAAUAUAUGUCACUAGGGUGCCUGUGACCGACACGUCGAUGGAUUUCAACUACACUAUCCCGCGUCUCUCGUUCAACACCUCAUACACUCUCUACAUCAGGGCUGAUGGGGAGUACCAGUGGUGCCCUUAUAACGAACUGCUGGGGGAAUACAGCGAUCCUGUCGUCAUCGCAACGGCUGAUAUGAUUCCGCCCUCCACGCUGCCCAUGAGACUCUUGUCUCAGAAUCCAUUGACAGAGCCCUACAUUGGGAGACUCCAGGUGUAUCACGACGGACAGUGGGGCAACGUCUGUGAUGACUACUUCAGGGCUGUCGAUGCCGACGUCGCCUGUUUGAGUCUCAACUACACUGAUGGAGCCAUUUGCUAUGCCAACAGUCCAUUUCCCCCAAGCUCAGCUCCCAUUCUGCUGGAUAAUAUUGACUGUUCGAAUGCAGACAGGUUUGAGGACUGCAUUCACAGAGGGUGGGGUGUUCAUGACUGCAGCUUGAGUGAGAGUAUUGGACUCAUCUGUAACCCUGGAACUUCUGUUGCUCCACUUGUGACAGGACUAGGAUCACUCCCUGCAGUCGCUCCUUACAGUAUCACUGUGGCUUGGGACCCUUGAGAGAUGUACGGAGGUACAGGGUAAUGUACGGUGCAGUCGAGGUCGCACACAGCUGACCUUGUGAGAAGUAGCACCUCUGAGUGGACGCUGUCAAGACUUGUGUUGAACCAGAACUACACUAUCAACAUCAGUGCUGCGAUAACUUUCAGCAGAUACAGAGGAGGCAAUUGUUACAGUUACUUCUAUGGGGAGCCCAGUGACUCUGUCUAUGCCCUGACAAAAGAGAGCCCUCCAACCAUUGCAAUAAGUGCUUUCCAUGUCACAGUAGUCAACAGCACAGUAGUGGAGGUCACCUGGCAGCCUCCAUCCACCACUGUCGGCAUUAAUGGCGACCUCAGGGGCUUCAAGCUCUUUGUGGACAAAAUUGACGGGAACCAAACCAUUAUUGAUAUCCCCGGGGCACUAAACCGGGCCUAUAUCGUGACUAACCUGGAGGAGUCGGCAACCUACCUCUUCAGUAUACUCAUGUACACAGUGGGAGAUGGGCCUAUGAGUGUACGGCUACAGGUCACCAUGCCAAAUGCCAGCUAUGUGCAGCUCUUCCAGGUAUUUGGAAGGUGGGGAGAUGGAAUUGAAGUUCUCAGAGCCUACUCCUAUGGUAUUGGCUAUAAUGUCCUAUGUGGCUCUAAUACACCGAAUGCAGCCUAUGAGUGGAGGUUUGCCAAUGGAAGUCGCAUUGGCAUCUCAAACAGUGGCUUCCGUGCAGCCCAUUUUGUCAAUGGGACUGCUGUGCUGCAGAUAGGAACUGCCUCGGUCUACCGUCGCCGCCUCAAUGCAUGUGAUGGAGGAGUAUACACGUGCAUUGGAACCUAUCCAGAUGGCAGUCGUUCAAGUAGAAACUUCACUCUUAUUUAUGGAUCCUCUCAGCCACUGAUUGGAAGACCUCGGCUAAUCCAAAGGAGCUCCAGAUGGGUUCAAAUUGGCUGGGACCCACUCGACUGUGACGGUGGGUUCCCACUCAGUGCCUAUGUCGUGGAGCAGCAAACGGGAGUCUAUUAUUAUUCUUCCUACACGACUCUUGGAGAAGUAACACGCCUGAAUUACACCAUCCGGGAGCUGUCUCCCUUGACAAGCUACAACUUUAGAAUUGGGCGAAAGAGCUCUAGUUCUCUGUCUAUCAGCUACUCAUCAUCACUGUCAGUCACCACACUUGAAUCAGGUCCUAGUGAACCGAGGUUGGUGGUCGUUAGAGUGGGCUUCAACUCAGAGGUGUGCGCCACAUGGGUACAACCUGCCCUCCCUGUUGGGACCAUCAUUCUCUACAAUCUGUAUGCAGAGGUCGUUGAGAACUCUGUUGAGGCGGUUGAUGUGGUCGACCUUCCUAGUAAUACUGCAUUCAAGUCAUUUCCUGGGAGCCAGAGGUCAGGGUGCAUGGGGCUGAGUGUGACAGGAGUCAUCUACCACUUCCAGAUGAGUGCAGUGGUUAUCAUUAAUGGACGCAGAGUAGAGGGCACCCUCUCUCCCUACUCCCAACAGACUAGUCUCUUUGUACCUGAGCCAGGUCUACCUCAGCCGGUGAAUGUCCGUGCCUCCUCAACUAACACAAGUGUUACACUGCAGUGGGAACUGCCUGAAUAUCUUAAGCUGGAUGAGAAGACAUUCUACAACGUGUCUUACUCUGGUGUGGUGGAGUGGAUUUCCCCCAGUGGGGUGUUCACCAGUUUCCGGGAGCAGGGCUGGAAGACAACAGAUAACACUACCAUCAUCUUCUCUCCCCUCACUCCCUCCACUGCGUACGUAUUCAGAGUUAGCGUGGUUACAGAGGACGGCCAGAGUGGAACGGAGGUCACUAGUACUGUCACCACCAGCAGUGAAACUGGAGGAAAGCUGGCUUACUUUCAAGUGCGCAUCCAGACAAGCAAUGGCAACUGUGAGCAGUGGGUGGCUGAAGAAACAGAGGGCAAGCUGAGCCAGAUACAGAAGUCCCUACAGCAGAGUAUGUUGCUACUCUGCCAGUGUGAGCCCCAGCUGAGCCAGGGAGAGUUCAGUUGCCGAACAGGCCCACCCAACACCGUCACCUACAGAGCCAGGAUAACGGGGACUUCCUCACGGAGUGCAACUGAGGUGGUGGCCAUCAUGGGAGCCUGGGUCCAGACCAACAAAGGCUCAGUCCAGAUAGACAGACUGCGGUACUAUUUGGACCCCACCUGUGAUCCUACUCUUGAGAACAUCCAUGGCCCAGACUGCUCGGUGGCUGAAACACCUACCACCCAACCCAUAACCUCCCCAACGAAACCUGGCAUUGAUACUGAGGACCCACAAUCUGAGAAACGCACUGGUGAUGAUAAUGGAGGUGCUGGGGCUACCGCCGGUCAAGUGUCAGGGAUUCUUCUAGGUGGCAUCAUUGCCGGUUUGUUCACUACACUGAUUAUCAUCAUUCUCUUCUUCUUGUGCUGGAAGUACAGGAAACAGUCAUACAAAAGUCAAAGUGACUUUAAUGAGCUGGUGAAUGAGCCUGGAAGCUCUCGCAACAGUGCUAUAAUGGUAGAAAAUGACAAGCUGUGAUUCUGGGACCUUACUAUACCUGUACAUUUUUGAUAAUGAACGCUUUUCGACUGUACUCAAGAACAAUAUAAUUAUUACUGCUAUUUUUGAACAGAAAAUUCAUUACACUAUAAUGAUCUUGCCAACUGAAAAUUAAUAAUAGAGCUGACUUCCGCAGCUACCAUCUGUUAGCUCUUUCUUACAUUUUGCAAAGUACAUCGUUGUUAUUUACCAACCGGUUUUGAUGCCUGGAAUAAGGGAGCUAUAGGCACGGACACUAAGGUUGGUCCUACACCCCCUACUGUGGAUAAUGCAUAGUUUAUUCCUCGUGUAUAGUUAUACCUAGCUUGGUUUUGAGAUACACUUGUGACGCCUUCUAUUUCUAGUCUUGGAACCUCCGAAUAUUCACUAGCAUAAAUAUUUUGUUCCUUUAUAGGGGAGGCUGUCCUCGCUUCAGAUGUUAGAUUUACCAGAAGUUAACGUUUGUGACCUUAAAUCUGUCCUUUAGCUACCGAUAUUUUUCAGCGUGUCUUUUAUUAAGCGUGUCCUUUAAUUGUGGGUUCUACUGUAUAUGUGUUAAUAAUAACAACAACAAUUAGCCCCAGGCAAUACAUUAUAAUAGGAUCUCAUGUGUCAGGGCAACUCACAAAUGGUGAGGGCUGUGAAUGAAACUUUGUAUACAUAAUGUAUUCAACCAUCAAAUUCAAAAUCACAACAAUUAAUGUUCGUAAACAAUAACAAAUAG